CUGAUGUAUUAAAAGGGAAAAGACAAGCUGAGGUUCACUACCACCUAUACGCACUCUCUCUCUCUCUGUGUCUUCUUCCUCCCUCCAUCGCUCUCUGUUUCCGUCACGCGAUUUGAUUCAUCGAUCAUCCCAAUUCUCAAAUCUCAACUGAAAGUGACAAAACACCGCCACAACCCCACUCUCCAAAUAUAUAUACCUCACUUUCAACUCAUAAUUACGCUCUCACUCGCUCUCUCUCCAGGUUUUGGGAGUCAACAUGUUCCUUCUUAGAAGGCAAACCCAGAAUCAGCAGGAGAAUGGUCCCGCGCAACAAGAUGCAAAGGUUGCUGAACUCAGAGAAGCUCUUGGGCCACUUUCUGGGCGUCGAUUAAAGUACUGCACAGAUGCAUGUCUAAGGAGAUAUCUGGAAGCACGGAACUGGAAUGUUGAUAAAUCCAAGAAAAUGCUGGAGGAAACACUCAAGUGGAGGUCAACUUAUAAGCCUGAGGAAAUUCGUUGGGCUGAAGUAGCACAUGAGGGUGAGACAGGCAAAGUCUCCAGAGCUAACUUUCAUGAUCGACUUGGGAGGACUGUGCUUAUUUUGAGGCCAGGAAUGCAGAACACAGCAUCACCAGAAGAUAAUAUCAAGCAUUUAGUCUAUCUACUGGAAAAUGCGAUCCUUAAUCUUUCUGAAGGGCAAGAACAAAUGUCGUGGUUGAUAGAUUUCACUGGAUUUUCACUUGGUACAAAUCUCUCUCCUAAAACAGCUCGUGAUAUUAUUCACAUUUUGCAAAACCACUAUCCAGAAAGGCUUGCUAUUGCGUUUCUGUUUAAUCCACCAAGAAUAUUUCAGGCUUUCUAUAAGGCCGUCAAAUACUUCCUUGAUCCCAAGACAGCCCAGAAGGUGAAGUUUGUUUAUCCUAAUAAUAAGGACAGUGUGGAGCUGAUGAAAUCACUCUUCGACAUAGAUAAUCUUCCUAGUGAAUUUGGAGGAAAAGCUACUCUAAAGUAUGACCAUGAAGAGUUCUCACGAUUAAUGACUGAGGAUGAUGUGAAGACUGCCAAGUACUGGGGGUUUGAUGAUGACAAGCCCUUCACCACAAUGAAUGGGCAUAUUGGGGCAGAGGUAGCACCAGAACCCGUGCCUGUUACGCCAGUAGUUGGUUGAGUAAUUUUUCAUAUUGUAGUUGUUAUCAUAGAAUUAAGUAACUAUCUACAUGUCUGAGCCCAGAAGGAACCGAAAAUUUAGUGACUAAUUUGAGGAGAUGAAUAAGCAGUAUUUUGUUUCUUCCAACUUUUAACUUUGCAGUUGAGACUUUUCUAUCAAUCGUCACCUUCAAGGCAAGCUGACUGCAACUCUGAUUUGAUGUUCCAAUUAUGUAUCUAUCAAUUCCUCUAAACUCUGCAAAGUGAAGUUCUUCUCAGUUCUCAUCUUAAAGGUUCAGCAGACCUUGUUAUAUGAAGUUUUGGUUUUAUCUCUC